AUGGUGCAGUCAUCGGUGCUCGGUUUCCCCCGCAUGGGCGCGAACCGUGACCUGAAGAAGGCCAACGAGGCCUACUGGGCCGACAAGCUCUCCCGCGAUGAGCUCGUCAAGGAGGCCAAGCGCCUCCGUCUUGCUCACUGGCAGAUCCAGAAGGAUGCUGGUGUCGAUGUCAUCCCCAGCAACGACUUCGCCUUCUACGACCACCUCCUCGACCACAUCCAGCUCUUCAACGCCAUCCCGGAGCGAUACUCCAGCGCUAAGCUCGACACCCUCGAUGAGUACUUCGCCAUGGGCCGUGGCCACCAGAAGGAUGGCGUCGAUGUCCCCGCCCUCGAGAUGGUCAAGUGGUUCGACUCCAACUACCACUACGUCAAGCCCACCCUCCAGGACAACCAGACCUUCACCCUCUCCUCCGACCCCAAGCCCGUCCGCGAGUUCCUCGAGGCCAAGGAGGCCGGCAUCACCACCCGCCCCGUCCUCGUCGGUCCCGUCUCCUUCCUUCACCUCGGCAAGGCCGACCGUGGCCAGUCCGUCGACCCCAUCUCCCUCAUCUCCAAGCUUGUCCCCGUAUACGUUGAGCUCCUGAAGAAGCUCAAGGAGGCUGGUGCCGAGACUGUCCAGAUCGACGAGCCCAUCCUCGUCCAGGACCUCCCCCAGAAGGUCAAGGAUGCUUUCAAGCCCGCCUACGAGGCCCUGACCGCCAGCGGUCUGCCCAAGCUCGUCCUCGCCACCUACUUCGGUGACGUUGUCCACAACUUCGAGGUCUUCCCCGCCCUCCAGGGUGUCUCUGCCAUCCACGUCGACCUUGUCCGCAACCCUGAGCAGCUCGAGGCUGUUAUUAGCAAGCUCGCCCCCAACCAGAUCCUCUCUGCCGGUGUCGUCGACGGCCGCAACAUCUGGAAGACCAACUUCAAGCGUGCCAUCGAGACCGUGGAGUCCGCCAUCCAGAAGCUCGGCAAGGACCGUGUCAUCGUUGCCACCUCCAGCUCCCUCCUCCACACUCCCCACUCCCUCGAGGCCGAGAAGAAGCUCGACGCUGAGGUCAAGGACUGGUUCUCUUUCGCCGUCCAGAAGGUCUCUGAGGUUACCGUGAUCGCCAAGGCCGUCACUGAGGGCCCUGCCUCCGUCCGUGAGGCUCUCGAGGCCAACGCCAAGUCGAUGGAGUCUCGCGCCACCUCCAAGCGCACCAACAACAAGGACGUCAAGGACCGCCAGGCCGGCGUCAAGCCCGCCGACCACGAGCGCCAGUCCCCCUUCCCCCAGCGUCUUGCCGCCCAGAAGACCCACCUCAAGCUCCCCAUCUUCCCUACUACUACCAUCGGCUCCUUCCCCCAGACCAAGGAGAUCCGUAUCCAGCGUAACAAGUUCACCAAGGGUGAGAUCACCGCUGAGGAGUACGAGCGAUUCAUCGAGAAGGAGAUUGAGGAGGUCGUCCGCAUCCAGGAGGAGCUCGACCUCGACGUCCUUGUCCACGGUGAGCCUGAGCGUAACGACAUGGUUCAGUACUUUGGCGAGCGCCUUGACGGUUAUGCCUUCACCACCAACGGCUGGGUCCAGUCCUACGGAUCCCGCUGCGUUCGUCCUCCGAUCGUGGUCGGUGACAUCUCCCGCCCGGCUGCUAUGACCGUCAAGGAGUCCAAGUACGCCGCCUCCAUCUCCAAGAAGCCCAUGAAGGGUAUGCUCACGGGCCCCAUCACCUGCCUCCGAUGGUCCUUCCCCCGUGACGAUGUCCACCAGUCCGUCCAGGCCCAACAGCUUGCUCUUGCUAUCCGCGACGAGGUCGUCGACCUCGAGGCUGCUGGUGUCUUCGUCAUCCAGAUCGACGAGCCUGCUCUCCGUGAGGGUCUUCCCCUCCGCGCCGGCGAGGAGCGCGAGAAGUACCUCUCGUGGGCUGUUGACUCGUUCAAGCUGUCCGCCGCUGGUGUCCAGGACUCCACCCAGAUCCACUCCCACUUCUGCUACUCCGAGUUCCAGGACUUCUUCCACGCCAUUGCCGCUCUCGACGCCGACGUCCUGUCCAUCGAGAACUCCAAGAGCGACGCCAAGCUCCUCAAGGUCUUCGAGGAGAAGGAGUACCCCCGCCACAUCGGCCCCGGUGUCUACGACAUCCACUCCCCGCGUGUCCCCUCGCAGCAGGAGAUGGAGGAGCGCAUCGGCGAGAUGCUCCAGUGGCUCAAGCCCGAGCAGCUCUGGAUCAACCCCGAUUGCGGUCUCAAGACCCGCCAGUGGAAGGAGACCAAGGCCGCCCUGACCAACAUGGUCAACUCGGCCAAGUCCUACCGCCAGAAGCACUCCGCUUAA